AUGAGCUUUGGGACUGUGUCGGUGUUGCUAGCCACAGGUGCGGCCAUGAUGAUGGAGGUGGGGACGACAAGGGUGUGCGAACGUAACGGAGGUGUCUUUCAGCUCAUAGAGCUGUACGAGCGCCUACUUCGGGUGACGUACUUCCGGCUGCCGACAGCUCCCACGUUCCAAGGUUGUGCACCCACGGCACCGUGCACAUCGCCCACCUUUGACACUGAAUCCACAUCGCGGUCGGCCUUCAUCACGUUGCCGUCGAAUGAUCGCGUUAGCAACGCUAACAUUGAUAACUUGCCUUCCGGCAGACUCCCACCGGAGGAGUUGGCGGUGAUCUUACAGGGAGCAAGAUCUCUCGAUGCUUAUUCCAAGAAAUCAGACUGUUUUCGCCGGGCUGCGAACGCCAUACAGACGAGAUGCAGCGACCUUGAAUCGGACGAAGAUGAGCGUGUAAAAGCUGCAAUCUCGAUGACCCUUUGCGAGAUCGCUACCGCCAAACACACAUCGCCGCCUAUGGAAUGCGCGCCUUUUGAGUCUGACUCGAACGGCAUGUAUGCACUCCAUGCUGAAUCGAGCGGGCAAUGCGUAUUAGCUCUGUCGAGGAGCGCACAAUAUUGGUCAAGCUAUUCUGGAUAUCUCCGAGAAGUCGCCCAGCUAUGCUUCGCGUUUCAGCGAUGGAACGACAUAGACGUGGCGAAGGAAUUGUACAAGAACGCAUCGAUACAAACGAUGGACAUUCUUCGGUAUAUGGCCGACCGAGAGAAACACGUAGAGCAAGCUCAUGAAGAUUCUCGAUCGGUCGUGAAAGCAAUGAAGGCCGUCCUAGAACAAAUACGAGCAUCAUCUAUGACCCUUGGCAGUGCAUCUGUCGUCGCUUCGGAGAAUCUGGGAUCGUUGCGUGGCGAGGUAACUUUUUCCGGAGCGACGUCUGUCAAGCCUAUCCAAAAGUGCUCGACAGAUCUCCAACCAGCUCGGGGCUAUCGUCUCGGAUGUACAGGAACGCAUUGCUCUCGGUCACACGCGUACUGUGUCCAAGAUAGAUGCAGAUGUCUCUGGGGUCAUCAAUCAUCUUGGUGCAACCCUGCAUAGCAUGCAAUUAGACUUAGAGAGAACGCUCGCCUACCACAUAGGCAACGCAUUCGAUCUAGUAGAAACACAGCUACUGAACGUCACUCGGUUUAUGGUACGUGGCUUCGAUGCAUCUGCCAAAUAACAUGAUGGAAGUUCGCAGGACGGGACGAGUGCCAAUUUUGUAGCUUUAGAGAAGGCAUUCGGGCAACUUCACCACGCUACCUUCCUUCUCACUCAGGACGCGCGGCAGGGCAGAGCAGAUAUGGAGGCUCAUCUCCGAGCGUCCCACGUGGCGCUCGAGAAGCAAAUGGCCAUCGCGGCUAUUUCAGACAAUGUGUCUUACGCUCUGUCCGAACUCGUUGUCAGCACACAUGCGGGAGUCCAAGAUCUCAACGGGACCAUCGCGGAGAUGAAAGAUAACCUUUUGAAGAAUCUAGGUGGUGACUGGACGACGACGACGAUGUGGCUCUGGUUUCAGGAGGUGAUGCUCCAGGUCCUGCGAGGUUCGUGCAACUCGCCACGCGAGGCCGCCAACCCUGGUUAUCGUUUCUCCUGAACAUCAUCCCUCGCAGUCCAUCCUGCAAGCUUCCAGCAUCCUGUUUUCCAUGUGGCAUAUCACGUCCUCAGGAUAUGUGGCAUGCUUGUUGCCUUCCUCUCUUCUAGGCUCAUGACUGGUUCUGUGCUUCUCGUUUCUGCUUGGAACUUGAUCUCGAAGACUUCCAAACCUCAUGGAAUUAACUCCGAUCAGCUACUGCUCUCUGUUUUACCUGAGGCUCCGCGUGUCCGGACAAGGCAGCCCGUGGAAGGUCAAUCUCUGCAGCUGGACGGCGACUUCUUGCACUUUGACCGGAUGCCCGGACUUUCCCUGGGCUCCGGCCAUGGCCGGCCAACCAACGUGAUGUCUGUCCGGCGCCGUCCUCGACUAUCUCGAAUACCAGAUCGGCUCUGUGGAACCUUGUCCUAGACUUUUGCACGUCUCAGCCAUCAUGGACUUGUCGCGCUGGUCUCCUCUGGUGGGAUAUGGCGUAGUAUUCUAGCUAAA